GAAUGACCUUUUCUUUCAGAUCAGAUCUCACAUUUCCUACAUCCAUCAUCAUCAUUAUUUCCUUUGGCCUCGUUCGUUUGAUCUUCAGCCCUCAUCAUGGUAUCAAUCUAGUACAUACUUGAAGGGGUGUCAAGUUCGCAUUCAUAAUAUCGUCCAAAUCAUCAUCAUCAUCUUCAUCCAAAGCUUUGUUUGCCACAUGUGGAUGGGGUUCGUCUUUGUGGCCUUAGGGCUCCUCCCUUGGGCGUGCAGUCAGUCCCCCUUGGAGGCUCCGCGGAUUUUAUUCGUGAUCCACUCUCAAGUCGAUCCGCAGCAUGAGCAAUGGGCGCGGGACAGUCGAUCACAAUUGCUCCAAGAUCUCCAGCCCUAUGGGCGGGGCCGAGUGCUCCUCACGCACGAGGAUCUACCCACCCACGGGGCGUGGACCUAUUUCGCCCUCCUGCCCACUUUGGUGAUGGAUUAUGGUCCCCAAAUCGAUUGGGUGGUUUUCCUGGCCGAGAAUACGCGAGUGCAAGUUCCAGCUUUGCUCGAACUUUUGUCUGAACAUGACCCACGGCAAGAGGUGUUCUUAGGCCACGCCCUGAAAGAUCGACAGCACGUGGUUAUUCAUCAUUAUGAUCAACCGGAUCUGGAGUACCCCCAUGCCAGUGCGGGUUUGGCUCUGUCGAUGCGAUUGGUCCGUAACUUGGCCCUGAAUAUGGACCGUAGUCAGCGAGACGGCACCAAAUUUCCCACCACCUUCUCCAUCGAUGCCCCGUAUGAGUUGGCCAAGUUCAUCUAUCGACAGGCGGAGUCUUGGGAUCAGAAUGCCGAACCACCGGAAAGCUUGAAACCCACCCAUUCCGGAUUGAGACUCAUUCACGAUGCUCGAUUCUGUUUAGAUGAAGCUGAGCCUGAGUUAUCGUGCGCCACGUUCACGGUUCCUACCGUUUGCCCGGUGGACGAGGAGCGGUUGGGGUCCACUUGGCACCAGACGCUGUUUGCUGUGAAGACAUGUGAAAAGUACCACGAAGACCGUUUACCCAUCAUUCAGUCCACGUGGGCCGAGGCAGCCCUCAAUCUGAUUCUGGUGUCCGAAAAAGCCGACCCGGACUUUGGCACGAUCACUAUACCCGGGGCCAUGAAUACCGAAAAGGGCCAUUGUAAUAAGACCCUUGCCAUCAUUGAUUAUUUCCGCACCCGCGCUGAGAGUGAAGGGUGGCAAUGGUUGGUGAUCGCGGAUGAUGACACCAUUUUGAGUGUGGACAAAAUGAUUCGACUCUUGAUGUGUUAUUCGCCGGAUCGCUUGGUGGGCUUAGGUCAGCGUUAUGGGUUUCGUAUUGCCACUGGGCAACAUGGGUAUGAUUAUCCUACUGGUGGAUCGGGUAUGAUUUUGAGUCGAGCCAUGGUGAAUAAAAUGGCAGAACGUCAGAGUCAUUGUCGAUGCCCUAGUCCGGAGCAUCCGGACGAUAUGCUUUUGGGCGCUUGUUUCACUAAUAUGGGCGUGUCUAUGAUCCAUGCCCGAGGCUUACAUCAAGGCCGUCCCGAAGAUUACCAUGAGAAAGUCCUUCAGACCGAUGAUCCCAUUUCCUUCCAUAAGUUCUGGCAGACUGACCCUGUCAAGACCUACAACCGUUGGUUUGAAGAAGCUGAUGCUGUCCUCAAGGAUCGCAAAUUUAAUUUGGUCCAUCCACAUCAAGACCUUUAACCGGGAGAACUGUUUUUCUUGGAUCAUUUGGUCUGUUUGCAUUCUGUUCGCUUGCCAUUUUACCACUCAUAGUUUUAAAAAUCCACUCGAUUGUGAUGUUCAAGUGCCAUUUCUCAAGUAUUGAAAAUAUAUCAUUAUAUUGGUUUUCCCUCACCUGUUAAUCAACUACGUGCCUUUAAUCUCAAGUGUGAUAUCGUAUUGCA